AUGUCUACUACUGGUAUCCCUACUACGACGCAGAAUAUGAAUCACAUCGGGACUCCUAGGGCCAUUGGCGCUCUGCGAAACCAACGAUCCCCUGCAUUAUUGCACCACUUGGCCACACCAAAUAUCGCACAUUCUACUACUAGAGGUGGGCUGAACAUCAUGAUGAACAGAGUUCCAUCACCUGCAUUCCCAAUAAAAACGGAGCCAAACUCAGACUACAGAGAGAGCGAUAAUGAAUCUGCUAACUCCAACGACACUCCAGGCCGGACUAGUGAGGAAUUCAAGGCCCAGCUUGUUUUGAAUGCAACACGAGCACAGCGAGAUGUUUGCCUUGCGGAGAAGACACUCGCAGAUUGUGUUCUCAAACAGAAUGUAGCACUCGGAAAACUCUACAAGUUCGAGGCUACAGAAGCUGAGAGGAAUGGCAUCACGUUGUUGGAGGAUAAGCCAAGUCAAAAGCGACGUCGCAAAUCUAUCAGUCAGGACAACGGGGAUGCAUUCAGCCUGGAAGUAGACUUGGCUCAGCCAUCACCAGCAGAUCCAGGAUCUGCAAGUGCGACUCUGAGCCAAACACUCAACUUGAAUUCUGAGGCCCAGGUGGUGUCCAAUUCCUUGGACUUGUUAGAAUCAUUGUGA